GCCCAGGCCACUUUGGGCCAUGCCCGCAAGCGAGCGCAAGAUGUGCGACAGAAUUCGAGGAAGUUUUGGUUGCAGCAGCAGCUUCGAAGCCUGCGCAGCGCAGGUCGCACAGCCGCUGGACGCCUUCGAAUCGCGCGUAUAUUGGCGGAGUUGCAACAGAAAGGCUUAUUGGUAUCAGCACAGGAUUCCUCCGCUGCCAUCCAAGCUCUUGGCAGCGCGGGCUGGUGGCAGGAAGCUUUGGCACUCUUUGAAGUGGCACUCAGACUCAACUCUCGAGGUGCCGGCACCGGAGGCACCACACCUCCAAUGGUUGAUGUCCGGAUGUAUAAUGCUGCUAUUGCAGCAUUGCGAUCCUCUCCUUUCCGCUGGCAGCAAGCCUUUGCACUGGUGCAUGCGAUGUCAGUCUCACAACUUCAGCCCGACAUCGCCACGAUGAACUCUGCAGCAACGGCCUUGAAGGGCGAGCUGCUCUGGAAGCAGACGCUGUCUGCAUAUGCUGCCGCCACUAAUCAGGGGGUGUGCAUGGACAAGGUGGGCACCAACAUCUUGAUGGCUGCAAUGGUGGCAGUCGAUUGUCGCUGGUCAUUGGGGAUGGAGUCACUCCGAUUCGCCUUGCUCCAACAGCUGCAGCCCGACGUGUGCUCUCUGGGCUGUGUAUUGGGCAUCCUCAGCUCCCAGUCCCACUGGGCUCGAAGCUGCUGGCAGCUUCGAGCCGCUGCCGCGGCCGCUUUGGACAUGGAUACAAUUGUACUGAAUUCUGCGUUGAGCAGCACGGAAGAGGUGUCGCACUGGGCAGCAGGCCUCUCCCUUCUCACUACUACCUUACGUCACGAGCUUCGAACGGAUGCCAUCAGUUUCAAUGCUGUGCUCGCUGCUGCGAGCAAGCAAGGGGUUUGGUGGCAUGGACUGCAGUACUUGGAGUGGCUGCAUCAGCUUGGUGAGCCCACCUUGGUCUCGUACAACUCCCUCCUAGUGUAUGCAGACGGAGAUGGAAGGCGGUGGGAGACUGCUGUACAGAUUCUUGAUGACAUGACCGCAGACUGUUGUUCAGGGAAAGCUCGAGAGUUCCUCCCGGAUGUCGUGACUGUCAGCUCCGUCGGGAACAUGUUGCAGGCAUUCGCGCAGUGGGAACAAGCCAUGCUCCUUGCAAAUCAGCCACAUGAAGGCUCAGAUGGAGCAACGCUUCCCACAGCUACGAGGAGCAUUCCCUUUACUUCCAACUUGGCCCCGAGGAAGAGAAGGAAUUGCUUGCAAUACUUGCAAGGCCAGGCACUAUCCAAGGAAAAGGUCAACACCAUGGCUGCAACUUCACAGGCUUCCGAUGCCGAACAUCCUUGCUGUGAGAAGUACUUUACGCUGUUGUUUUUCUUUGCGACUGGGCAGGUGGCUCCUGAGCUGAAUCAAAGACACAACGCCAACAGCUUCUUCGGCGCCCUCGGUGAUCGCAACAAG